GCCUGGCCUGGGAGGCUCUCAUUAUGCACACAGGGCAGACCGGGGCUGAGCCGCUGGUAGUCAGCAGUGCUGAGGCUACUGACUGGCGUGUGUGGUGAGGGGGACUUGCUGAGUCACAGUAUUUCCUUCUGUGCCUUUAAGAACUUUGCACUGCUGUCUACAGAGAGAAUGGUGAGAAUCUCCGGUGUUCCAGGAAGAAUGCAUUUUUUCCGGAUAUCGUAUAUGUCCCAGAGCUACUAACAAUUGGAGGGCACUGCAAGAAAGGAAGAAUUGCUCUUGUUGAUUUCAGAAUAUUUUUUUUUUUUUCCCUGCAGCUCUAUCAAGAAGACAACCAAUAUGAUUGCGUUCCCUUGGCCAAGAUGAAGCCAGGGACUUUCUCAUUAUCCUGUGCCAACUUCGCUGGCAUGGUAUUGUUGUUUUCCCUUAAGGACCAGGGAUGCUGGGAAACAAUCAGACCUUUUUAGCUUUUCUACACAUUUCCUCAAUUGCUUCAUCAAGGGGAUUUUUUUAGCUAUUUUUUUUUUUUCUCAAUUUGCCCAAACAUUAACUGUGAAAUGGAGAUGUGUAAAUCCCAGAAACUUUAUUCACACCGUUAUCCUCUCAGAAGGUUUGCAUCAUGGUUUACUGACUAGACAUGAAGUUCGCAGAUGGUUUUUUAUCUUGACUUUAUUUAUUUUAUUUUUUUACACAUACCUAGCUAUUAAUUUUUAAAUAGUUUUAUUUUUGUAUGUAUAUGUUUUGUAGCCACUUGUGUUUUGCGGAUGAAAGGGCUGGAUGUCAUGUCUUGGCUUGGUGAAGCACAGUGGUUUGUUCUGGGAUCCGUAUUUAUUGCAGCGCUUGUCACAUUAGCUGUGUAUUUGGGUCAAUAUGCUUUUGGCACAUUCUGGACACGUAGAAGGUUUCUGGGUUCUAGUGCACAUGGGGAAACGGAUUCUUUGCUUUCUUGGAUUUUGUCUCUAAGUAGCUGGAGGAACCAGUGGUUGAAAGCCUGGAUAAUUGCACUUAAUGAUGAAGCUAGCAAAAGAGGUGGUUCCCUGCGGCUGGCAUUUGAGGAGAACAUCAGUAACCAACCUAAGGAACUGUCUGUAAAACAAGUCACCAGUGUCGUGAAGUCGGCGAAUGACAAGGUUGUGUCCUGUGGCGUAGUUGGCGACUCUAUUCAGUUUACGAUACGUGUGACCCGCACAAUUCCUGCCAACUCAGGAACCCAGAUCUACAACGUUUGUGUGACUCCACUUUAUAUAAAUCUUGAACUUCAUAUGAAAGAGAACAAUGGAGGAAAUAUCCAGGCUCUGUGGUCAAUGGGGAACUUCGCCGAUCUCAAUUUUCAGGUCACGCCACAAGCUAAGCUGGAGACUCCUGGGGCAAAUGCAAUACUGGAAACACUUGAGGAUAUACUGAAAAACCUCAUGGGACAUGUCCGACCAUCUGUAUAUCUAAGCACCCGACCUACUGAAGGAAAAGAUUUCCAGAAUGUACGCGGUCCGGGAGCCAAUUCUCAGGUAAUCUGCCCUCCAAAGCCCCCAAGAGCUCAUGAACUAAAGCUUCAAGUGAAGGACAUCAGAGCAACUCUAUCAAGCAAGGCUGAUACUUCAGGAAUCUGCAGUGCGGUGUGCAUAGCGCAACUAGACGAGCCUGCACAAAAAUAUACUACUGCAACCCAAACAAACACUACAAACCCCUCCUGGGGGGAAGAAUUCACCUUUGAGCUCAACGCAAAAUCUAGGGAGAUUCUUCUGCACAUUUAUGAAGCUGGAAAGUCAGCUGAUAGUAAUCCUCCCUGGGCUUGGGCAGCUGUGCCCUUGGACCUAUUUAGAAAGCAGCCUUCAGGGCGACUGAAUUUCCCGCUCCGCUGUGGGUCUGGCAGCGCAACGUCUGGAACAAUCACUGCACAGUUUUUAUAUAUAGAACCAAGUGACGUGAAGUCCUGGCCAAUUCCGGCCCCAGUACCUGCAAAGAAGGUUGAGAAGGACCGUACUGUUAUGCCUUGUGGGACCGUGGUUACCACAGUAACGUCAGUGAGUUCGAAGCCUCGUGUGGAUGGGAAGAACUUGGGUUUGAGUAAUGAUUCUCCUGCCAAGACCCCUGCUAAAGUGAAGACGAUCGAGAGAGACUUUUCAGUUCAAGCUAUUCCUUCCCAGAGUAAUGUUGUCAGCAAAACCUUGUCAUCUUCAGACACAGAGCUUCUGAUGCUGAAUGGCUCGGAUCCUGUGGCAGAAGUUGCUAUCCGACAACUUCGGGAAUCCUCCAGACAGUCAUUGAAAUCACCAAGAAAAAAAAGCACUAUUAUCAUAUCGGGGAUUUCAAAGAGUGCACUUUCUCAGGAUGAUGAAGCAACGCUCAUGUUUAACUAUGCAGCAUCAAUGGACAGUUCAGCGGAUGACAACCUGCUGCCCCCUGACACUACCCCCACUGAGGUAGCUGCUGACCUCUCUGGGGCAUCCGUACAGACACUGCCAGCUGAGGAUGAACUCCAUGAUGCAUGGGAACAGGACAGCCAACCCGGUGACUGGCCCAGUAAUGGUCUGGGGGACAAAGACAGUGAGGAACUCUCCAUCGGCAGCCUAAGCAUGUCUGAAACAGGAAGUUUAAAGAAAUCCAAAGGUGGAUUUUUACAGAAAGGAGCCAAGCUUUUUUUCCGGCGACGACACCAGCAGAAAGACCCUGGCAUGAGUCAGUCCCACAAUGACUUGGUUUACCUGCAAAAUCCGGAAUCAGAAGACCAUGCCAAGAAGGGAGCUACUUUGUCACGGAUCCUAAACAAGAAGCUACGCUCCAAAAAUAAAUCCAAGAACAAAUUGCAGGACAGAGCGCCUGAGUCUGCGCACUGAACCCAAGUGGUAUAUAACAUUCUUAUCGGAAUAAGACGGUUAGCGGCUAAAUCUACCUAUGGAUAUUUCAGAGACUUCAGUGCUAAGGAAAGCGCUAUCCCGUAUCUCCUAUACAUUAAGUGAACGUGUGAAACGUUUUUUUACUCUUAACUGACACUGUGAGAUUUAGAAGCUUGUGUAAACUAGACAAUUGUUUGAAUCUUAGCAAAGGAUUGAUUUAAAAACUACUGAUGUCUGAGUGGCGCUGUGCAAGUCUGUAUGAAGGAAAAUUCAAUGAUUUAUUUUAGGUAAGGGCUUUUUUAUUAGCAAUGUCGUAACUGGCAGCAACCCUAUGUUACACACUCCUGUAAGAAAAGAAAAAAAACACACAGUCCACUGGGGGGCGCUCUUGUCAGUAUCACAAUAUGGCACUUUUUAUGCAAGUUUUCUAUGCAUGUGAUGAAUGAGAUCUGAAGCAGCAGUUCACCCUAAUUCCUUAAUGACUCAUAAUAUUUUAUUAAAUACCCUGAUGUGAAUGCAGAGCUCGUAACUGCCCUGCAUUUUGUGGUAUUGCUACAGGUUUAGAGAUCUGCCCUGCUGUCCCUCACAUGCCUCUACUUUCUUGCUAAAUAUCAGUUUCAGUGUAAAACAAAGGACUGCCCCCAGCAUGCUCUUGCCCCGCCCCUGCCAAUGAAUCCUGUCCUUUGUCUGGUCCCUGGCUGCUUCCUGACUUCCGCACAGGGCUUGUUGAAAUUAGCAGGUAGCAGAUUAGAAGAGUUGGGAAGAUUUGCUUCGGGGAACAAAUUUCGUCUCAUUAAAAAUAAAAACGCUACUAAAAAUAUACAGUAUAGUUGCAAAUUAAAGCCCAGUUAUCCUGAAGUAUGUAUAUUUGUGUAUGUGUAUAUAUACAGGUUUACCCCACUCAUACAGCGGGAGCAGUUUUAGCUUUCUUUUCAGUGUUUAAAAUCUUAAAAACAUGUUUGAACUAACAUAUAUUAGGGGUGCAAUAAUGUUACGUUUAGUUUAACACUAGCAGAGCACAGUAUUCAAUUAGUAUUCAAUAAAUACUGUACCUGUAAAAUAGUGACAAUUACUGUAGUAAAAUUUGCCAGACUAUAACACUGAGACACAGAUUGCACUGUAAUGCUAUAAUCAGAGUGAACUAAGCAUAACAAAAUGGUGCCAUUCACUUUUCUCGCAAUCUCACGAAGAUUACAGCACUGUUUCAAAAUGCUUGGAGGUUGAACUUCAGCUCCACAAAGCGCUGUAUUAGCGAAUCGCUGUAAAGUGAAGCGCUGUAAAGUGAGGUAUACCUGUGUAUAUAUAUAUAUAUAUAUAUGUGUAUAAUAUAUAUAGUGGUGAAUCCUUUAAGAGAACAAUAAAUGCAAAUACCCAAACACCAUUCUAAUAUUUUAUUAACGCAGCAUAAAAGUUCCCACAUUUCAGAGUCUGAACUAAACAUAAUUUUUUAAUUAAACAGCAAAUUUGCUUUAUACAAAGGUCCCUUGUUCUAUUGGCUAAGCACCUCUGCUUAUUCUAUUGGCUAAGCACCUCUGCUUAUUCUAUUGGCUAAGCACCUCUGCUUAUUCUAUUGGCUAAGCACCUCUGCUUAUUCUAUUGGCUAAGCACCUCUGCUUAUUCUAUUGGCUAAGCACAGUUUACAGUUGUGUACAAGCAGGCUUUACAUGCAAAUGAUCUUGCUGAAUAUUUCUUUAUGCUUAAACCAUACAGAAAAGCUUGGUUUGAACCUCUAGUUUAGACUCUCUCUAUAAACACAAUAUAUACCUAUCUUCAUUUCUUAUUUAAAUAUAAAAAAAAAGAUUUAUAACUGGACUAAAUAUUAUACCAAACUGCUUCACAAGACAAUAAAUUAAAUGAGUUUUGCCAAUUAACAAUGUGUUUGAAACAAAAUGUCCAUGUUUGGCUACAGCCAGCCACCAAGGAAACAGGAGAAAAUGAAAUAACUAUCUUGGAAAUAAAAUCUAUAUUUAAGAUUACAGUAAUCUUUUCAAAAUACCCAGACGUUUGUCCCAAUAGCUAAUUUGUCUUAAAGGGACAUCUAAGUCACAAUUAAACAUUUAUGAUUGCUUUAUAGAAUUUUCUAUUUGCUUCUGUAACCAGAUUGACUUUGUUUUCUUUUUAUCCUUUGCUAACAGCGUACCUAGGUAGGCUCAGUCAGGAGUAUACACAUACUCCUACUAUAUAGCGAUCAGGACAGGUGUACAGACCUUGCCAUAUCUUUUUAUGCUCUAGAACAGCGGUUCCCAACCUGUGGUACCAGGGGUACGCGGCGGACCGGUUGGGGUAUGUGAAAAUAUUGUUGGUAAUGGCGGAAUAAGCAGGGGGGAGGGUCGUGGGGCACUCUCAAUGGGUCAUCAACUAAUAACCAACUGUGGAAGGAAUUAGCGCUCAGCCGGAAAGUGACAAGUGAAGUCCUGGCCUGGCAUAUAGGCAGAUGGGAGCCCCUGCACCUGAAAUAUGUGGACCGGGUGUGUAUGACUCUGGUCCACAUAUUAAUGAUCACCCUGUUUCACCAGACUGCUUAGGCUCCUGCUCCACCCACCCCUGUGCCGUGCACAAAAUUGUGACUGCGAGUGCUAAGUUAGACGCGGCACUGCAGCAGCAUAGCUGCGUGGACUCGUGUGGUAGAGCCGUAGAGGUUGCGACUCACACAGGCGAGACGGGUCUGCAUCCCCAAAUAAGUUAUAGUCAGUGCCGGUAAGUAAAGUACUGCUGCUAGUGCUUGCUUGAUUCAGAUUGCUUCACUUCCAACUAAAAAUGUCCAUAGUGGCUGGGUGGGUAAUAUCGAUCUGAUCUCACAAAUUUAAAUAUUUUUAUGAUCAUUACACUUUGACUCCCCCCCAGAGCCGUGUUUAGGGGCAACCAGGCAGCUGCCAGGGUCGCCAGCCACAUAGCAGGGCUCCUCCUGAGAAUGAGAUCUGAGCUUUAAUCCUGUUAAUACACGUACAGUCGUAUGCCAUUCAGGUAUAGGUUACCUUAAGCUAUUUAAUAUCAUGGUAUUGUCAGUUAAUAAUCAACUAUUGUCAGGUAUUAAUAAACUAUUAUCUGGGUUCAUCCUGAUAAUAAAUAGUUUAUUAAUACCUGACAAUGCCCUGAUAAUAAAUAGUUUAUUAAUACCUGAUAAUACCCUGAUAAUAAAUAGUUUUAAAAAAAAAAAUAAUAACUUUUUUAAGGGAUGGGUGGGGGUAAUGAAGGAAGGGGGUACUCAUAAAUGAAAGGGGUACGGGAGAGAUCAAAGGUUGGGAACUGCUGCUCUAGAAUGAUAUAAAUAAAUAGAUAAUAGAAGUAAAUUGGAUGUUUUUUGAAAGCUGUGUCUGAAUCAUGAGUUUGAUUUUGACUUGCUUCCUACUAAGUGGUUAUGGAAGAAAGGACUUAGUUUCUAAAUGUUCUAAAGAGAAUUUCAGUAUUGAAACAUGUGUGACUAUUAUUUAGCGCUCCUUUUAAAUAUAUUUAAAAUGUGCUUUAUAUCAAUUACAAACUUCAAUAAUACAGUUCCAAACCCAGUGUGUUAAAAUAAUGGUCAGGUUAGGGACACAAGCAUAUGGCUUAGCAGCCCAUAGACACACUCUGAGCGGUCCAUGGGCGUGGCUAGCCAUUUAUAGGCGGGGCUUAGUUGGUCAAAACGAGGAUAAUGCAGAGGACAUCGGGACAGAACUCCCAUACUAUGACAGUACCACAAAAUGCCGGACAGUUGUGACUGAACAGGACGUGCCACCUUCUUAAAGGAACAGUCUACUCCAGAAUGUUUAUUGGUUUUCAAGGGCUUAGAAAUUAGCAUACGAGCCUACCUAGGUUUAGCUUUCAACAAAGAAUACCAAGGGAAGAAAGCAAAUUUGUUGAUAAAAGUAAAUUGGAAAGUUGUUUUAAAUUGGUUGCUGUAUUUGAAUUAAAAUUUUAAGUUGCAUUUUAACUGUAGCUAUACUGCCCGGCAACCUUAAUAAAUUACUUAGUUCAUGCUAUUUUAAUGUGUAUACAUUUGUAUUACAUUAAUAUAAUAAAUAAUUUGGGUUGUCAUAUGAAUAUGAAUACUAAUUGAAGGGACUGUAUACACCAAUUUUCAUUUAAUUGCAUGUAAUAGACACUACUAUAAAGAUUAAUAUGCACAGAUACUGAUAUAAAAAUACAGUAUAAAUCCUUUAAAAAACUUACUUAGAAGCUUCCAGUUAAGCAGGGACACCCACUGAAAGUGGCUGAGAGCAGACCCUUCCCCUGCAUAUGAAAAGACCCAUUAUACAAACAGAAGCAGACUAAAGUCUGUAUACAUCAGUAUACAUUUAAAACUUUGGGGCAUGAUUAGGAGUCUGACAAUCAGCACAAUGUUAUUUAAAAAUAUAGCAAAUCUAUACAUUUUUAAAAAAAACACUUCCAGAUGGGCUAUAUAAAUGGAUCAUCUACAAAACAUUUAUGCAAAGAAAAAUCUAGUGUACAAUGUCCUUUUAAUUCUAGGAUGAUAAAUUAAUUUCAAAAGAAUGAGAAGGGUUUCCUUAAGCAUUAAAAAAAAGAUUUAUCAUUUUCACAAAACAGAAAUAUAUUUCAAUGAAUUCCAAGCUAAUGGUUUUUAAACAUAUUUUUGUUUUACUUUUUAUUCUACAAUGUUAUUAUAAUAGCAAAUGACAGUCUUUUUAGCUUGAAUAGAGCAACAAAUUACUGUAGAACAGAAAAAAAACUCCAAAUUCAUUUUCUAAUUAUGUUAAUUAAUCUUUCAAUGGCGCAAAUAACCUUCAGAUGGGCUGCUGCUUCUGAGUAUUUAAAUGAAGUGCAAAUGAGUGUGACGCAGUUUGUUUUACGCAAAGCGGGUAUAAUUUGCAAACAAAAACAAAACACUGAUUAACUGUUUUUUCAGAGUUAUCUGCAGUGCUUUUUUUAAUAUGUUGCAGACUUUUUCAGGUCGGAAAAGGGUUAUGAAUAUCCUGCUGUAUAAAGUUGUUGCUAUAUAGCGUUAAUAGCCAUAUUAAAUGAUUUAAUUAUGCAAUGUACUUUAUAUACUAUUUAAUGUUAUAUAAAUAUAAUAUAGGAAUAUUUUUUUUUCUCAAGUUUACGCUUGAACUGCUGAUAAAUAGAAAAUAUGUAAAUGUCAUUUCCUGUUUACUAAUUCUGAGCUUUGUUGCUAAUGUACAUAUUCACUUCAUAUUUAUGCAAAAAUAUCACUGAACUGAUGUACACUAUACAUGGACAUUCCAUUAUUUAUGGUAAGGAAUAAAACAUGUGACAGAU